GAAAAGAUAAAGAUGUAGGGGAAGCAACAAAAGAGAAUUUGACGUAAAUCGUAAAUGGCACAAAGAAGAAAAUCUUGCACACGUUUGUCACGGUUUUGGUUUGUCUGUCGCAUUUUUGCUUUCAAUUUUCAACUAAACAAGGAAAAAUUACAAAAUCCAUACGAAUAAUAAGAAAAUUUGUAAAAAUCAAUCAAUAUUAGUUGAAACCCAGCAUUUUCGAAGUUUCAUUCGACAGAAUGGCCGACGAUUGGGAGGCAGCUGGUGACGAGGAGGUGAUCAUACGUCCUAAAAUCACAAAUGAUGUGAACAAAUGGGAAGGAGAAGAUGACGAUGAAGACGUAAAGGACAGUUGGGAAGACGAGGAAGAAAAGAAAGAUGAGGAAAAGUCCGAGUCAAAAACACCAGUGCCAACAAAAACUAAACCAAACAAAGCUUUGAAAGCCAAAUUAUCAGAACAAGAGCGCCUAGCAGAAGAAGAGGAAGAGAAACGUUUAGCUAAUUUAACGCCAGAGGAAAGGUUAGCAGAAAAACUACGGUUGCAAAAAAUUCAGGAAGAAUCAGACCUCAAAAGCGCACUUGAAACAUUUGGUGUAUCAAAUCUUGGUGGCGGGCUGGACGCCUUUAAUCCACAAACGAAAGAAGACUUCAAGGAAUUCGGCGCGACGCUCAGUUGGAAAUUGUCACAAUACAAAGAGUCACCACAUUUCCCUCAAUUUGUUGAAGAUCUAGUACGUAGCAUAUGUGUGAAUUUGUCUGCCUCGGAUAUUAAGAAGGUGAAAAUUAACGUAGAAACCUUGCACACAGAGAAGCUCAAAAUGGAAAAACAAAAUUCGAAAAAGCCUGCUAGUAAAGGAAAAGUCAAAGUCACACUGCGUACAGAAACUGAUGAUAUUGAUGUCUAUCAGAAAUACGGCAACGACUAUUCAGAAGAUUAUGAUGACUUCAUGUAAAUACUGUUGAGAAGCGCCUAAUAUAGUGCAUAUAGAAACUUUUGCUUCAAGGUUUUUUGUUAUAAAAUUUAAAUGGAAUUCCUACAAAUAGAUUGCCACGAUUAACAUCUAAAACUGUACACUUAAAUUUUUUGGAUAACAAAUUUCUAACAUGCUUGUGAAUUCAUUUUAUAUUAUUAUACUUUAUUAAAUAAUGUAUAAAAGAAAAAAAUACACUACAUACUUUUGCGACUUUUGAUA